ACGCCCACGCUAAAUCAACCCGUCUUCUGUAAUCCUCGGUGCACGCAGCUCGGUCCUCUGCGGGAUUUACACUUUGUGCACAUUCUCUCCUGAACACCGACACUACAAGAUGGACAACUCGGGGAAGGAGAAGGAAGCCAUUCAGCUGAUGGCCGACGCCGAUAAGAAAGUCAAGUCGUCCGGCUCCUUUCUGGGCGGGAUGUUUGGAGGAGGACCUCACAAAGUGGAAGAAGCAUGUGAGAUGUACUGCAGAGCGGCCAACAUGUUCAAGAUGGCCAAAAACUGGAGCGCUGCUGGAAAUGCGUUUUGCAAGGCCGCACGUCUCCAUUCGCAGCUGCAGAACAAACAUGACUGCGCCACCAGUUUCAUCGACGCAGGGAACGCUUUCAAGAAGUCUGACCCAAAUGAGGCAAUCAAGUGUUUAAAUGCUUCCAUCGAAAUAUACACAGACAUGGGAAGAUUCACCAUCGCAGCCAAACACCACAUCAAUAUCGCAGAGAUCUACGAGUCUGAAAUGGUGGAUAUCGAAAAGGCCAUUGCACAUUAUGAACAAGCAGCCGACUACUACAAAGGAGAAGAAUCAAACAGUUCUGCUAACAAGUGUCUGCUGAAGGUCGGGGGUUACUCUGCUCAGCUGGAGCAGUACCAGAAAGCGAUUGAGAUCUACGAGCAGGUCGGAGCUAACACGAUGGACAACCCGCUGCUGAAAUACAGCGCCAAAGAGUAUUUCUUCAAAGCCUCCCUCUGUCAUUUCAUCGUCGACGAGCUCAACGCCAAGAUUGCUAUUGAAAAAUAUGAGGAGAUGUUCCCGGCUUUUACAGACUCCAGAGAAUGCAAGUUGUUGAAGAAACUUCUUGAGGCACAUGAAGAGCAGAACACUGAAGCUUUUACAGAGGCAGUAAAGGAGUUUGACUCGAUCUCACGUCUGGACCAGUGGCACACAACCCUCCUGCUGCGCAUCAAAAAGACCAUCCAGGGCGACGAAGGGGAUCUGAAAUGAGCGACACGCGGGUUAGAAGCACAGCACGGAGGGACAAAUCCAUCACGCAUGCUUACAUACAUCCAUACACACACACACAGCCACACAAACACACACUCACCUCACUGUGUAUAGCAUCAGGACAGGGGCGUCUGCUGAUGAUUUUGAACAUCCCACUGCUACCCGUUCAGAGCACUACCUUGCUUUCCUGCAGAGCAUAUCUGAAUCUAGUCAGAAUGUAAAUCCUCUCGCCCUCACCUCUGCCCAGGGGAUUGCUGCAUACCUUUUUCUGCUGGAAUCCGUGCUGGUGGAUUUCCGAGCGGUAUAUCGUAUUGAACCUAGUAUUAACGACAACCACUGCAUGUUUUGUACUAUUAUUGUUUCCUAGUCAGACGCAGCUUGUUUUUUUAAAGCUAGUUUAUUAUAUAUUUUAAAUUAUUUAAAUGUCUCAGUUUGUUGUACAUAAGAUUAUCAUUGUAUUUAUUUAAAGAAUCUACUAUUAUCUUAAUUUGUAUUGUGUUGAAGUAGAAGGGAAGGAUGAAAUAAAUGUCACAAACGUUAUUCAAAGUCAUUACCAUUAUAAAAAAAAAAAAAAUACACUAAAAAAAGAUUUUACUUUCCUUUUUAUCACCUUCUAGACGAAGGGGGAUGAUAUGCACCAAAUGUAGACUGUUAAACAUUUCUACCUUUUCCAUACAUAUUCAUGAUUUGAUUACUUAAAAGCUCCUUUAUUAUCAUUUCAUUUUUUGUUGAUGUAGUAAUACUUUAACGUUUGAGGCUGAGAUGUUUAGAUUUGACCAUGUGAGCUGUAUUUUUGAAUGAGAAGCACUGACGUGGGAACCGUUGCUCCUUCUUCCCAGGGCAGUAAUCUUGGGAUUACCGCGCAUCAUUAGUCACUCCUCUCUGUGCCGUGUGCCGUGUCGUGUCGUUUACUAACUCGGUGAAGGUUUACUACCUUUCAUCUGGCCAGUCGCUAAGCAUGUCAUUAUGUGUAGGUUACAGUCGUGUCACAUCCACUAGUGAGCCAGACCAAAGUUUUUACUAAAGGGUCAGUCGCCCUGCGUAUCCAGCUUCUUCCAGAGUGGAAUGACAAUGGACCUAGGAUAUGAUCUGUAUGCUUGUGCGAAUGGACAAUAAUAAAGGUAUUCUAUCCCACAA